AUGGUAUUAAUUUUAUUUCUUUGUAUUUCUUCAGUCGUGGCCUUUCUUGUUUACUUUCAAGAAACAAAUGUUGCAUCACAAUCUGAAAUUGUCAAUCAAACAUCAACCGGUGAAAUAGUAUCUCAAACUGAAACUUGGAAACGAAUUUCGGUGAUCAAUGGCACCAAAAACAUUCUACUGUGGAAAAACGCAUGGGGCUUCAGAUUUGAGUUGGGCAGAGCGGCAUUUCUCAACUCUGGUUGCCGAGUUACCAACUGUCUCAUCACGUACAACAACACGCUCAUGACUCACGAUAAAUUCGAUGCUUUUGUCAUUCAUUCGCCAACGCAGCACACACCCUGGAUCCUGAAGGAUCGCCGACCAGAUCAAAUGUUCGUCAUGUUCACCACCGAGCCACCACCUCACAUGCCGAAACUUGACAAAUUUGAAAAAUUUUUCAACUGGACCAUGACCUACCGAUCCGGUUCUACCUUCCAGUUGAAGUACGGAGAAAUUGUGCCAUUAGAGACGGCCCCGACCACGGAACAAGAAGCAGAAGCAAUGCGCCUCAGUAUAGCCCAAUCCGGAUUGAAUCCAGCUAAAGGAAAGACGAAAUUGGCCAUUUGGUUGGUAUCCAACUGUAACGCCAGAAGCAACAGACAAGGAUACGUCAAAAUUUUGAAAAACUACAUGGACGUGGACAUUUUCAGUAAAAAAGGCAAAUGCGGAGGCCAGGAUGUGUGUCCCCGAGAAAAGAACUCUGGCGUUUGCUACGACAUGAUUGAGAAAACGUACAAGUUUUACUUUUCAUUCGAGAACUCGAUCUGCGAGGAGUACGUCACGGAAAAGUUCUUUGAAAUGAUGGGCAGGAACAUUGUGCCCGUCGUGCUGGGCGGGGCCGAUUACAGCGCCAUCGCUCCUCCGCAUUCUUACAUCAGUGCUUUAGAUUAUACUCCCAAACAGCUGGCCAAAUAUUUGAAGGAACUCGACAGCAAUGACACUUUGUACGCAGAGUAUUUCUGGUGGAAACCACACUACCGCAUCCGCAACCUCUACGAUACCAAUCGGAAGGCAUUCUGUGAUCUGUGCGAAGCCCUUCACACGAGCCCAAUUCAAACAUCUAUAGCAAAAGGUUUGAACCAGUGGUACCACAAAGACGCCAAAUGUCGUCACAACCCGAAAUUUGAUGAAACUUGA